CCGGGAUCACUCCUCAUCCCAGCAUCCCCCGCUCCGCUGUCACCCCCGGCUCCUCUCUCCUGUGACUCUCCGGACCUCACCCCCCUCCCCCGGGCUGUGCCCUUCUUACCCUCCACGCUACCACCGACUUCUCCUCAGGGACACCGGGAGAGUCGUACGGGCCGGGAGCCGCCAUCAUUGCUUAACCCUAUCAGCCCCCCGUGUUUAUUAUCCUGAAGUCUAUACGUCUGUAUACAGAAGAGCCUCACGUGACAGGUGCCGGCUGCACUGUAAUAGCCCUAUAAUAUCCAGCUGUCAUCCCGGCCAGGGAUCGUGUUAUCUUCAGUAAUCCAUACCCACCGGGAACCGGCAGCAGCGCGUCCAUGAGCCGAAAUGCUGGGCAGAAGACCCGGCAAAAAGAAUGCCCAAGCCAAGGGCAGGGGGGCAGCCGCAGCCAAGGAGCUUGGGCUCUUUGUAGACUUCAACCCCGAGGACAUGAUGCUGGGUAUCCCAGAUGACCCAGACGAUGGCGAUCUUGAGGCAGAGUUGGCUGCACUUACUGGUGCCAAAGUUGCACCCAAGGCCAAGCCUAAAGGAAAAGCUCCUCUCCCUAUGGAUCAUAUAGAGAAAAUGGCGCAAGAAUGCAUGAAAGACCUGGAUGCGGAGGAGGAGGAUGACGAUGACCUGGAAGAUGAUGACGAUUUGCUGGCUGAGCUCCAGGAAGUAGUGGGUGAGGAGGAGGCUUCAGAUGUUCUAGAAGUCACUGCACCUCCGCCUGUAGAAGACACCGAACCUGCACUGCUACUUACCUCUCCAGUUAAUACCCCAAAAAGCUCAUCCCAGACAAGCGCCGGGGGACUCGUACAGACGCUAGAGGAACGGAUCUCCAACUACAAAACAGCAAUUACCAAUGCAAAACUGGCCAACGAGAGCUCUAAAGCCAGGCGCUACGAGCGGGGGCUGAAGACACUGGAAUCUAUGCUAAAGACAGCCAAACAAGGGAAGCCCGUGGCUGAGGAAGAAAUACCUCCACUUGUGGCUUGUGGAAAGCCAUCUCCUGCUGAAGCCUCCCCCUCAGUGGCAGCCCCAGAUGAAGGUGACGUAGACAUACCCGAAGCUCGGCCUGCAGAGUCUGCUAGCAACCAAGAAUCCUCUGAGAGUACAGAAGAGUCAGCCCCCACUGCUGAGGAGCCAGUCACCAGCCAAAGUGAAGACGAAACAAAAACAUUGCUGACCACAAGACAGAAGGAGUACAAGAUGGCAGCUCUGCAAGCUAAGCAAAAUGGAGAUAUGGAGAAAGCCAAGGAGUACGUGAAAAUUGUUAAGAAAUUCAGUAACGUUUUAGAAGCUCUGGAGAAUGGUCAGCCUGUGGAUCUUAGUCAAAUGCCCCCUGCUCCAAAAGACCAAGAUGUAAAAGCCCAAGAGGUGGCAGCUACUCCAGAAGCCCAAUCACCUGUCCCUGCAACUACACAAGCCCCUGCCAGUUCUGUGUUACAGGCUUUACAGCAGAGGAUGGAACGGUACAAAUCUGCAGCACAGCAAGCCAAAGCCAAUGGCGAUGACCGGAAAGCAAGAAUGCAUGAGAGGAUUGUCAAGCAAUACCAGGAUGCUAUCCGGGCACAGAAAGCUGGGAGAUCGGUGAAUCUGGGAGAGCUUCCGGUUCCUCCAGGCUUCCCUCCAUUUCCUGGUAUGGAGAACACGGAAGAAGGAAGUGUGGAGAAAGCGCUGGAAGCUGCCAACAAACUGGCAAACGCCAAGGAUGAUGAAGAAGCUGAGGAUGAAGAUGAUGAGGAUGAACAACCGGCAAAGAAACUGGUCCCUCAGAAACCCAUCCAAGUAGUAAAGCCACAUGUAUUGCCAGCUGUGCCGCAACAGGAUGAGACGUCCCUCAAACCCAAAGGUGCUGGCACCGCAGUAUCUCCAGGGAAUCUCCCUCCUGCAGUCCAGGAGCAGAUGGAGUUCUUGGAGAACCGGAGGAGACAAUACAGAAAAGCUGCUCUGCAGGCCAAGCAGAAGAAUGAUCUGGAACUGGCAAAACAGCACAUGAGGGUCGCUCACGUUCUUCAGGCCUCUAUCGACAAGCUCAAGAGUGGAACUCUAGUGGAUAUUACCAAGGUACCUCCUCCCCCUACGGAUGAGGACAGCGACUUUGUAGUGGUUGAACACGAGGACAGCAGGUCAGCGCAGAUCUCAGACGAGGUUUACGCUCAGUUGACAAAACUUCUUCAAGAGCAACAUGAGAAAUGUAUGAGAUAUUCUAAGCAGUUCACACACAUGGGUAAUGUUGCUGAAACUACGAGGUUUGAGAAAAUGGCAGAAGACUGCAAGAAAAACUGUGAGAUCCUACAUUUAUCCCAAGCUCAGGGCCUGGAUCCUCCUCCUUAUCAUUUUGAGGACAAAACACUGAAAAUUGUCAGAGUUUUCUCAGAGCUCAGCAGUACGGAGAUGCUGCUCAUCAUAGUUCGAGGCAUUAACCUUCCGGCCCCAUCAGGAAUGGCCCCCAAUGACCUGCAUGCAUUUGUGAAGUUUGAGUUUCCAUAUCCAAGUACGGAACAACCUCAAAAGAAUAAAACCUACGUUGUUAAGAACACCAACUCUCCAGAAUAUGAACAGUCAUUUAAGCUGAACAUUAAUCGCAACCACAGAGGCUUCAAGAGAGUGGUCCAGGCUAAGGGCAUCAAGUUUGAGAUCUUCCAUAAGGGAGUGUUCUUGCUGAAGAGCGAUAAACAGAUUGGUACAGCCAAUGUUAAACUGGACAAGUUGGAGACACAGUGUGAAAUCCGGGAGAUUGUGGAGGUAUUUGAUGGAAGAAAACCAACAGGGGGAAAGCUGGAAGUUAAAAUUAGGCUCAGAGAACCUCUCAAUGGUCAAGACCUUCAGACAGUUACCGAGAAAUGGCUGGUGAUGGAUCCCGUUACAAGAAAGUAAAAUGCAGUUCUAUGGAGGAACACUGCUGCCCGUGCAAUGAAGAUGCUCCAGCAGGCCGAGAGGAGUAACAUACCAAAGGAUCUCUACAGCAUCAAAGCACGUCAGAGGGACGCAGUCUGGAUCCAAGGAUCACACGAAUUUAUCAAUGCAGAAUAUCCACCUCUGUGGCCCCCAGACCAAGCCACCUGCUAUACCUAACAAUAUAACUUGGCGUCACCCUUGCGUAACCUCUGGCUUUUCAUGUGUUGAAUGUAAAUCAGGAUCUGCGUUCCGAUUUUUAGAAACCAGUGGACAAGUGUGAUACAAAAUAGAGAAUGUAUAGCAACAAAACUACCAGCUGCUGACCUGCGCUUGGUUGCAAAACCCCAAACCUGACCCUCCCCCACAAUGCAGUGCAAAGACUCCUGCCGGGGGGCGCAACUUUUUGACUAUGGAUUUGCUUCUGGUGCUGAAAUGCUAUAUCUCCCAUUCUGCGCAGCUCACUUUGUGCGAAUGUAGCUGAUGUGUAGGCAAGUUACUAACUACAACCCCUACAAAACUGGCUGCAGGUUUGUGCCCUGAAGAAGCGGCGGCACUGAGACCCUUUCUAUGUAUGAACAGGUGUGUAGUCACCCUGAUUUAGGGGUUUACAGUCCACUUCUCUGGUGGUCUCAUUGAUAAGGACAUACCCUUGUAGGGAUCACCCAAGCAUGACUAUUCUGGCAGGGAGAGGUUUGGUCCUGCAGAGCGAUCGGCAACCUUUCCCUGUAAGUGCCUUUUAACCGAUUGUCUGUAGGCUCCGGGGUCAUUGAGUUCCGUCACAUACGUUUCCAGCUUUGUCUGUUCUGUGUGCCUUUUUAAGACUGGCUGUAUCUCUACAACAGUGGUUUCCAACCUGUGACUCCCUAACCCAGUGUUUCCCAACCAGGGUGCCUCCAGCUGUUGCAAAACCACA